AUGGCUGCGCAGGGACCUUCGUCACCGCUACCUCGCCGUCACGCGGGCCCCAACAGCGUCCAUUCCAGAGGCUUUGUUGGCAGAGAUGAUGAGAAAUCUACGCUUAAGCAGUUUCUUCAAACCCCAAGGCAAGGUUCUGCUGGCCAGAGACGGCUAGUCAUCGCCGGAAAGGCAGGCCAAGGAAAGACGGCAUUGUGUACCGAAGUUGUAGAAGAGCUUCAAGACGGGUUUUCGGGUGUGUUCCGGAUCGACGUCAGCACGCCUCAAGCCGCCCAGAAGGAUUUCGCCAAUCUUAUUGGGACCUCCAGAUCUACAGCCACGGACAUCAGUGCCGCUCUUCAAUACCUUGCGAAUAGGAAAGAUGACUGGAUUCUUAUUCUGGAGAACGCCAAUGAUGUUGAAUUCACGUACGGUGAAUACUUCCCACCGUGCCGCCAUGGAUUCAUCAUCAUCAUCUCCAGGGAACAAUCCGUCGCUCGUUUUGGGACAACUGAAAUGUUGCUUCUCGGUCCCAUGAGCAUUUCCGAUUCAGUCUUGCUUCUGCAGCAGACCAUACACUGGUCACUUCCGCAUAGGUCCCGAGAAUCUGAUUGUGCAGAACGCGCUGCAUCCCUCCUGGAAAAUCAUCCCUUAUCCCUCAUUCUGGCGGGAACUUACAUCGCCAAGCAGCGCUGCCCUUUCGAAUCCUACGUCUCUAAUUUAGAGAGGCAAAAGACUGAGAUGCAGAGCAACCAGGCGAACCCGGAAAGCCCAUGGACAAGCGCCUACGCUGCCUGCGAGCUGUCCGCAAAGACACUUGUAUCUUCUGCAGACGGAAACGCAGCGCUGGAUCUUCUCUCAAGACUGUCCUUGAUCCCUCGCAACCCCGUUUCUAUCGAGACCGCAAGGUCCACAUGGCAGAGACAGGCUCCCUCCAACGGCAACGAGCUUUACCCUCCCAGGCGAGAACGCAAUGCAGUCACCCCCCCACCUGCCGGCACCACCUCAUUUGAAGCUGCGUUAAACCGUCUCCUCUCGUUUUCAUUCAUCAGCGUCGCCUCCGACCGCAUCUCAAUCCACCCCAUCAUCCGCGCCUGGGCACAAGACAGAAACCCCCAUCUCCAACACACACCGCCGCCCUUUCGCAGCGAUAGCAGCCGCUCGGCAUCUCCCUACAACCACUAUUCCAUGCAGGCUCCUACAACCAAUCUCGAGCUCUACCCGUACGGAGCGCAUUUCGAACAAACCAACCGCAGUGGCAGCAUGCCCGACAAUGAAUACUACCACCCACUGCCCCGCGUGGACGCCGCCACCGCGAUGCACUUCACGACCACACCCCCGUCGCCGCGGAGCCGAGAGCCCUCGCCCUUCGAUCGCCGCAGAGAAUCCGCAUACGGCCCCUUCGCGACAGGCGAGACGUACGCAACAAAUUCCGAUCCGGAAGAAGAAGCGCCGAGGCGGCAGUCCACUACCACUAUUCGGCGUUACUUCUACGCCGCUGCGUCGCCGGUGCGGUCGCCUGGUACUGCGAGAGAGGUGGAGUACUAUCAUGAGCGGGAGGGUGAGCGACCAGAUCUGUUCACGUCGGACGAGGAGUCGGCGGGUGAAGAAGAAGAAAGAUAUAGGAGGAGUAGUCGGUAUCUGCGGGUCGAGGAACCGCCAUCAUCACGCCGCUCUAGCGGCAGCCGGAGGAGGGGCGAUGGAGAGGCGGGGCGCGAGCAUGGGGGGAGAAGAAGGACGAGGAGCAGGCAUAGGAGCAGAGGGAGCCGUAGCAACGACCGGAGGUCGGAGGAGGAGAGUAACCAUCGGGGCAGAGAAGCCAGAGAGACUAAGCUCGAGGUUCGAGGCAGCGUGGGCUUUGGCCGGUGGAAUUAUCAGGCGGUGUUCGCCGCGUCUUCUGGAGGCCGGACGGGGUGA